AAGUUAGCUUAUGGCACAAAGAGCCAGUGUUAUCCGCUGACGAAAGUCGCGAGGCCCGUCGAAUUCGUCGUAAUAAUCUCGCGACGCAUUACUCGUGACAUAAAUGCCCAGACAAUAGAUAGCGUUAAUAUAUAGAUCAUGACACAACGCGGAAAGAAAAAAUCUGCUGAACGAUGACACAUGUUGUAUAUUAUUUUACGUAAUACAUACGAGAUUGCUAAAAUAAAGCCCGCCUGGAUCGCGUUAAACAUGUAAAUAGAGAGGAAUUUUAUCGCUUUUUCUUAUCACCGAAACGUAAUAUUGACACAAGAGUAUAUGUAUGUGAUUGUUGAAUUCUCACAACAACAGCUCCUUAUCCGAAAAAUCGUCGCGAGAUUCUACGAAAUAUUCCCUCGCCGUCGUCGUCGUCAUCGUCGCAUAUCGUGUCGAAAUAUCAAGUCAAAGCCCCUUGAAAAGCAAAACAGUUGCAGUUUCGAGGUGCGCGCGAGCGCGCGAGUCAUCAGUAUAGUCUGUGUGCCCUCACUCAAUGGCCCAUAGUCGACAGAAGUCGACGUAGGAGUGAAGAGAGAAGUGUGAGUGUCGGGAAACGACAGGUCGUAUAACGAAUCAUCGCAAUGGCUGUACAAGUUGUCACGCUGGAACAGCGCGAGGAGAAGGUUAAAAAGGAUGAGCCAGGCAGCGAAAUGUACGACGGCGACGGUGUGCUUUUACAGAAACUUGGUACCGAUCCGAACUACCGGCACCAAUUCGUGCCAGGUAUUGUACUCAUCUUUGUGAUUCUUCAUAUCGCUGCUGUCUACGGCUUCUAUCUCGCUUUCAGAUCGUCGAUUCUCACGCCAAUAUGGGCAUAUUUGGUGGCGUUGGCGAGUUCGCAGGGAAUAAUGCUGGGAGCCCACCGAGGAUUCUCCCAUAAUUCCUUCAAGAUGACGGCUGCGGUUCAGAUAAUGUUCGUGAUUCUCCAAACGAUAUCUGGACAGAAUCACAUUUACUGGUGGGUAAGAGAUCACCGGCUGCACCACAAGUACUGCGACACCGAUGCCGAUCCUUACAAUGCCAGCAGAGGCUUUUUCUUCUCGCACAUCGGCUGGUUGAUGUCGCGAAAGCAUCCCUUGGUAUCUGAAAAGGGAAAGACCAUCGACAUGUCGGACAUCGAGGCUAACAAGUUCGUCGCUUUCCAACGAAGAUUUUUCGUGCCAAUGUUCGUGGUGUUCUGUGUACUGAUUCCAACGGCUGUACCCGUUUACUGUUGGAACGAGAGUCUUUGGAAUUCAUUUUUCAUUUCGUUCGUGUUACGAUACGUAGCUGUGCUGAACAUGACGUGGUGCAUCAACUCCGUAGCUCAUAUGCAUGGAACACAGGAAUUCGACAGGCGAAUAUCAGCUCGUCAGUCGUAUUUCGGCGAUCUAGUUUCGUUGGGAGAAGGUUGGCACAACUAUCAUCACUCCUUUCCGUGGGACCAUGCGUUCUCUGAAUUCGGAUACAAAGGUGGCGUUUCGACGAAUUUUUUGUACUUCUUGCGCGAUUUGGGAUUGGUUUACGAUCUGAAGAAAGCUUCGAGAAAAGUCGUUUAUGGCCAUAGCCAGAGACAUGGAGACGGAACACUUGGCACCGAAAAGUCCACUUUGAGCAAUCCGAAGUCUCUGUGAAGAAAGUGUGCUUCUUUUGUAAAUACUCCCUGGUAGAAAUGUGAACAGGUUUCCAGCUAGAAACCUGCCAAUUUUUAUUUUUUUCAUUUUUUAUACAUACAUAUAUUUAUGACACGCCGUGAUGUGUCAAAAAUGCAUUUAUACGAUACUCGUGACUUGAUUGUUCAGUUUUACACGCGCCGUGUAAAAAAAAUAUAAGUCACACAUAUCAGCUUCGCUCGGGCGGUAACGUCCCCAUAAGGAUGAAACUACUUUACCGCACUGGUAUCGUAAAACAUAUAUGAGUAUCUUUAAAUAUCGAAAUUUUAAUACAAACUAUAUUUGACAAUUGUUUCAAAUAUUAAGCUAUUAUACAAUUCUGCUUAGUCAUAUAAUGAUGAGUACUUAAUGCUCAUCAAUAUUUUAUUACAAUUUUAACGGGUUUCUAGCUAGUAACCUAACCAAAAACCCGUUAACGUUCUAUCAGGGCUCAUAAUUAUGAUGAUUAAGUUAAAGUUUGAUCGUGAUUUAUGAUUAAGAACUUUUGAUUUCUGUGUGAUAGGCAAUCUUAACAAAAAGACUGCAAUAUUUUUGUAAUUUUGAAGGCUGUUUCUUAUUAAUAUAAAUGAUAAUUAUAUAUAUCCUCUCGGAAAUAAA